GGGCCCUCGAAAUUUGAUGCAGUAAAGUUUGCAGACCCACAUAGGAAAAAAUGAAUUCGAUCAGAAAAUUCGCAAGUUUGCCACAAUUAAGGAAUCUACGACAUGCUAAAUCAAUCAGUACACAAAUAUGCGGUGCAUUAAGAUCAGCAGAAGAAGGUGGCAAAGUUACACACACAGGACAAGCUUAUGAGGCUGAUGAUUACAGAAAUGUCCGUUUUGUGAAUGCUUCCAAAAUCGUCAAUCCAAACUGGGCUGAAAAAUUGAUUGCUGAGGAGCCUAUUAUUGAAACUGAAGAUCGAGUAGUUUGGUGUGACGGGGGGGAUCCUCGUUUAGGACAUCCAAAAGUCUAUAUAAAUCUUGAUAAACCAGGUGCUCAUGCUUGUGGAUAUUGCGGACUGAGAUAUCAGAAAAAGGAGCAUCAUCAUUAAAUGAAAAUCCUAAAAAUUCAAGAUCCAGAAUGGAAUAUUCAAAAUUUUAGUGAAAGAAGUGUAAACUAUUAAGAAUAUGAGAAAUAAAAUGUCCUAUGUUGGUAAAAACU